UGCAGGCGCGCGCAAACGUAGCCAAAGAGAGACGCGGGCGGAGUGAGCGGGCCAAUUUAGCAUCCGCUGCCGAGGCGUCAGAAGCUAAUCGACUUACGUAGCACGGCGGGCUGCAACUCUCCAGGCCACCAAAGAGCUACGAAAUCCUUUACGCGGCAGGCCGAAAGCGCCAGAAUUGAAAUCCUCAUAACACCGCUGUUGGUAUUCAUAGAGCCAGUGUCCAAGUCACGGCCUGCUCACUUCUGCUUUUCUUUAGCGCCCCUCCAGCCUGACGCGGGCCCCCGGAUUAGAUCCCGUCGGACCUCAUCUCAUCAACUAACUCACCUAUUGGCACCCUACUCAAGGAUCGGAUCGGGCCGGAGCAAAAGCUCGCCCAUACUGCCAGAUCUCGCUGCGAGCAAACGUCCGUCCGCCGCCCCAGCCCAGCAGACGCAUCAAAUCGGCCUACUGUGCAGCGUCUGUCCCUGGAGGCUGCUGUCGUUGCAGCUUGCGUCCGUCUAUCUCCGUUCGGAUCUCCCUCGGUGCAGCGCCUCUUAUCUCUCCUCCUGCCGCUGCCGCCGCUACUGGUACUAUUGUUCUUGUUUAGCCCCCAGUAGAGCAUGAGCUCUUGGCUUUAACCGUGCUACACCCACGCCAUCCAUCUUCCCCCCCUCUUGAUGGAUAUUUCCCAAAAAGGCCCCAAGGCCUGCACCACUUGUGCAAAGGCAAAGGCCCGUUGUAUUCCUGGCGCAGAUGGCGACAAGUGUGAAAGAUGUCAAAGGCUAAACAAGGAGUGUUUCUCACGUCCGCCUGCUCCUCCUCGCAUAAAGAAGCGUCCUAAGCGGUCUCGUGUGGCUGAGCUUGAGAAGAGGCUCAAUGAGCUCUCAUCCCAAGUUGAGAAUGCGCAGCCGCGAGGCGACCAAAGCCCUGAAGCAGGUGUUUCCGAUGCGCCAGCUGCUCCUGCAAAUGCGGCCGCAGCCAAGGAUGUCCUCAGCUUUGGUCAUCUUUUCCCCAGCCCUGAAGCUACGCUUGAUAGCAGAGACGAGCCUCCCAAGCCGUCAAUGUGGGGGACAUCGGCAUUCGACCAGCUCGACUCCCUCUGGCCAAUGCCUGAGGAGGCCGAGGUCCUCUUCCAGGAAUUCCGUGAUAUCUACGAGGAAGUCUUCCCUUUUGUCCUACUCAACAGAUCGCUCACAUCAGAAACUCUGCGUGAUCGUCGUCCAUACGUCUGGAAAGCCAUCAUGAUGGUGAGCUGUCUCUUUGACGCAACACGACAGGUUCGUCUGGCAGAGAAGCUCUUGGCAGAAAUUACCAUUGCCACGAUGGUGGAUGGAACUUGCAAGACACUUGACGUAUUACAAGCGCUCCAUCUACUCAUUGGUUGGUAUCACUACGGCCUCAAAGGGCCUCAACUGACAAACUUGCUCUUCCUUUCGCGCUCCAUGUGCGUUGGCUUGGGUAACAAUGAACACCAUCAUCCUGCCUGCAAAUAUUCCGACCUUGACUAUGCUCGCGCGAUAGCGGCGACGUAUUAUCUCAACACAACUGUCUUCACAACGAACAAGAAGACGGAAAUUUUCAUGGACACCGCCCAAUUGGAGGUCUGCUGCAAGCAGAUUGACGCCAAAAAGGAGUUUCCUUCCGACGUCUUCUUGCUCAGCCUUGUCAGAAUCCAGCUAAUCGCCCACAAUAUCACACUCGCCACAUCUUUUGAUUCCAACCGACGAAAUCCAGCCAUCCCCCUGCUCCAAGUCGUGGAAACCUUCCAGCAGCAAAUAGACACUUACUUGACGUCGCUGCCGGAAAACUUGAAGAACAACACACCUAUCCUGGCACAUGUCUAUAUUGCUGAGAUUCUCCUCAAAGACGUUGCCAUCUCUGAGCAGAGCUGUACUACUGCCAACAUAGAUAUUACCGACCGUCUCCAGUUGCUCUGGUCCUGCGUACGCUCGCUCCGCAUGUUUUACCAAAUACGCUACGCCGGCCGUGAUCUCGAAAAGCCACGCUUUCUCAACCUCACAGCAUCCGACGUUGCCUUCACUCUCAUUACAAGCAUCAAGUUACUCUCAGUCCGUUUACCAGGAUGGGAACUUCCGCAGGUUAAGAAGGAGCUAAAUUUGGAGGAAAUCCUAAGUUGGCUCAUUGAAGAUCUCGGCCUAGUCGUCCAAAAACGCCAAGGUGGAAGGAGGAUGUCAUCUGCCCCAGCGCCGAUAGCAGAAGACCCUCUGGUCCGCCUCUGGCGACUCCUGCACAACGCCAAAGAAUUGGUACAAAUCCAGCUUCGACGUGCGGUACAAAAUUACGGAACAGAAGGCGAAAUCUCGCCGUACAUGUUUGGUGAUCUGGACGAAUCGAUGUGGUUUGAUCUCAUGAAUGAAGCGGCCUGGGGGAUGGGCGACGAAUCUAUGCCUAUCAAUGUCAUGUAAGGCCGCGUUUCCCUCAUCGACCCUACGAUCCCCCGGCUGACGAAUAUCUAGGAUGGACAACUCAAAACCUUAUAUCUAGCGGGAUGUACUACCAGUCGUCUCCCAUGUAUUAUAACGAAGCAUAUGGCACAUAUUUACUAUAGUAUAGCGAACUCUCUUUUCAUUUA